AAUGUUUAUAUGGAAAUAACCUGUUAAUUUACUGUGAUAUUAUUAUUAUCUUUCAAUGACUCCUAAACGUUUUUAAUUAAUAAUCAUGACUGAUGAAUAUUUAAAAUCCAUAAUUGAUGGAGUAUGUAAAGCUGCUCAGGAACAUAAUAUAGGUCAUUGUGAAGAAAUGGAGGACACAACAACAAUAUGUAAUGGCAGUAGGAGUAACAAUUUGCACAACUCAAACAACACUCUUUUGAAUGGACAUUCUCAAUCUCUUGACUUACCGACCUUGAUGACAUGUGUCACAUGCAAUGGAUACUAUGGACCAUCCUUUGAAGACCCUAUUUGUUCCACUUGUCAUGCAUUUUUAUACCCAAGCAGCGCUUUAAUACCUGAGAAUUUAUCUGUGUCUUAUGAGUCUAGUGACAGUGAUUCGGGUAAUGAAGAGCCUGAUGAUGGAGGAGAAAUUUUGUCAGCCCAAGACCUAAUUGCACCAGAUCCAAUAAGGUCUGUAGGAGCUGAAACUCUAGCAAGAGAAAUACAAAAAUUAUCUGAAUUUACACCGCAAAUGGACCAAAUCAACAUUGAACUGCUGCCCCCAGAAGUCUUGAUAAUCAUGUUCACCUAUUUGGACGAAAUUUCUUUAUGGAGUAUAGGACAAGUAUGUACUAGAUGGAGAGAAAUACUGUUUAUGUGUGUUAAACCAGAAAGAUGGAGAGACUACACAAGAAAAAGAUGGCCGUUACUGCCUGUGUUAAACCAAGAUCAAGAUUGGUAUGAGUUGUAUUCAUCCAUGAUGCGUAGUUCUUGUUGUGUGAAAUGUAUAAAGUCUAUGUCUUCUAUAAAAACAAACGCAAAAUGGGAUCACAACUCUUGGCGAAGACAUAGAUUAAUGACGGAAGUGCGGUCAAUGAGAAACGACCCACUAGACGGGAUUGACGCACAAAAUUUAGAUGAAGCUUGCUGUCAUUGGCAGGCAACAAUUGAAGGUCCUGCUGGAAGUCCAUAUGAAGGAGGCUUAUUCUUUUUAUAUAUUGAAGUACCCCAUACAUAUCCUUUGGACCCUCCAGUUGUCAGAUUCAUUACAAAAAUAUUUCAUCCUAAUGUUUCAAGACAUGGGGACAUUGGAAUUGAUUCUAUUCUUCAUAACUGGUCAUUAGCUUUAACUAUUAGCAAACUGUUGAUUUCCAUACAGUCUUUAUUAACUGAUCCUUAUUGUGAAGUUUGUAUGGAACCUCUAAUAGGACAAUUAUACAUGAGAGACAGAAGACUUUUCGAUGAAAAUGCAAGAUUAUGGACCACCAAAUUUGCAAUGCAUGAUAUGCUGUCUCAUUAGGUUUAAAAUUACAGGACGAAAUUGAAACAUGUUUUCAAAUAAGAAGUAUACUGCGACUAGAUAAUCAUAUUUUGCUGUUACUGAUUGGAAUCAAAUGAGACGUUGUACACGCUAUAUAAGUACCUCGAUUCCAUUUAACUAACUUAAACAUAAACGCGACACUAAAUCUACUACACAUGUUCUGUAAUACCUUGGAAUAUUCACGUAAUUUGUUUAUUUUAGACAUAACGUUCUACGUUGACUUUUAUCUCGUUUAUCUACAUUCAAGUAAAUAAAAGAAUUUUUAUUUUAAAAUUAUUUUAUAUGGUAUAUAACUUGAAACUUUUUAUGUUACACAAUAUGCUUAUAAUUUACUUUUUUUAACAAAUGUUAUAGCAACAUGCUUUUGUGUUAAUAUAAACUUUUUUAAUGUUAGGUUUUAAUCAUUCUGUAUUUCUAAUGGAGAAACAACUUAUAGGUGUAUAUUUGCAUAGUUACUACGACACAUUUACGUAAUUUACAUUUUAAUCAAUGAUGUAGUGUAAUGCAUACAUGUAAACAAUCCUAAAUGUUGAAUGAACCCAGUAUUACUUGUUUCUUUCUAUUAUUAGUAUUUUUUUAGUAUUAUUUAACAGUGCAAUAUCAGUAAUCCCAGUAACGUUUAAAUAUCAACAACUACGAAACGUAUUUCAAUUUCUCCAUCUGUAUAUUAUAUUUUUUACGUUUAUUAAAAUAUAUGUGAUAUACAAACUGAAUAAAUAAGUACAACGGA